AUGUCUUCCACAGAAUCCAAUUCCACCGGGGCAGAUGCGGUCCCUCCGAAGCGUGCGACCAGUGCCUUCACAGAGCGAACGGGUCGCCUAGAACGAGCGAUUACCAACCCCGGAGCCGUCAAGAUCAACGUCAAAGGGGCUUUCAUUGUCGAUGAAGAACCUCGAUCGAAGAGUCCUGCAUCCUCUACUGAUGGCGUAUACUACGAGAGCCAAGAUAUUCGUCUUCCUCAUCAUACUGGCCUAGUGAGCCAUGUCGCUGUCGAUAUCGGUGGCUCGCUCGCGAAACUCGUUUACUUCAGCCGGGAACUGGACUCCCCGGAUAAUGGCGGUCGUCUCAAUUUCAUCAACUUCGAAACUCACCGCAUAGAACUGUGCAUUGACUUUAUCCGACAGCUGAAGGAGGAGCAUCUGAGGCUCAAUGGUCCCUCUGAAGAUGAGUUGUGCAUUAUUGCAACAGGGGGCGGGGCAUACAAGUACUACGACAAGUUGAAGGAGGCAUUGAACGUGAACAUCAUACGGGAGGAUGAAAUGGAAUGCCUUAUUACUGGUCUCGACUUCUUCAUUACCGAGAUCCCCAACGAAGUGUUCACAUAUAGCGAAGCCGAGCCGAUGCAAUUUGCCGAGGCCCGACCGGAUGUUUAUCCCUACCUACUAGUGAACAUCGGCUCUGGCGUAUCGAUGAUUAAGGUAUCAGGCCCAAAGCAGUUCGAGCGUGUAGGUGGUACGCACCUGGGCGGGGGCACAUUUUGGGGUCUGAUGUCCUUGCUCACGGGUGCCCGGACGUUUGACGACAUGCUGGCGAUGGCCGACCGAGGAGACAACAGUGGGGUGGACAUGCUGGUGGGCGACAUCUACGGCAUGGAUUACGGUAAGAUCGGGCUCAAGAGCACUGCCAUUGCCAGCACAUUUGGCAAGGUUUUCCGGAUGAUGAAUACUGCCGAGCGGCGCGCAGAGGAUGGCGUGGGCCUCUCGGUUCAUGAAUCGGAUCAAACAAACGGCGAAGUCAAGUUCAGCCCUGAGGACAUGGGACGAAGCUUGUUGUAUGCCAUCAGUAACAACAUCGGGCAAAUUGCAUACCUGCAAUCAGAGAAGCACCAAGUCAAGCACAUUUAUUUUGGCGGCUCAUUCAUCCGCGGCCACCACCAGACGAUGAAUACACUAUCAUAUGCCAUUAGAUUCUGGUCCAAGGGUGAGAAGCAGGGUUACUUUUUGCGACAUGAAGGCUACCUCGGCGCUGUCGGUGCGUUCCUCAGGAGACAACCCGAGAACUGGGGCCGCAGAAACAGCAUCCAUGAUGCACCUUCUGCGAUCCAGGCGGCUAAAGAGGCUGUUCAAACCAAAAAGGAAGAUCCCUCCAGCUCGUGA